AUGGGGAGCCCAGAGUUUCCGAGCCCUUCUGGGCUGUCGGACGGGUGUCGGAUGACAGAGGUAGCCGCUGGCUCCGAAUCCCCCCAGAAGCCUUUGGUAGUCAGGAUAUUCAACGUGCACAACCGGCCAGAGGAGUCCGAGGAGACUGACGAACAGGACCAGAGAGGCGAGAGGGAGGAGCCUGAAGAGUCCGACGAGAUCCUCGAGGGCCACGAACACUACGAGCGCCCCAAGCCCUCCAGACACUGUGCACACUACAAGACCCACAAGCCCUCCAAAUCCCAGGCACCCUACGAGCCCCGGAAACCCCAGAGGCCCCACGCUCCGAGUAACCCCCACAAGCCUUACGAAGCCCAGCUGCUUCCUGGAGCUGGCGUGAUGGUCUCCCCAUCUCUGGUGAACAGAUUCCAACCGCGGAUUCCGCCCUCUUCCCUGAGCGGUAGGUGGCAGCCUCCUCCGCAGUCGGCCUGGAGCACAGACAAGACCAGCCCUGCUGUUGGUCUUGGUGGUAAUCGGAGCAGUGUGGUUGGUGUGCUGGGGAGUAAACACAGACAAAAUGUCCUGGUUGUCUCUGCGAGGGAGAUGCUGUUCAUCAUCUCAAAAUCCUUUCUCGGCUUCUUCCUGUUGGCUUUGGAAAGAGAGCCAGACUCUCUGAGGGGGCUCAUGGUGAUGAAGAGAAUUCAAGAUCUUUCUAGGCCUAAGAAGCAAUGGGGAGCCCCAGACAGAAAACUGCUUUGGGGAAACCAAGAUCCUAUCCGCCCUGUUUCCCGGGGUGCUUUGAAGGCUCAACUGACAGAAAGACUGGACAACCUUGCCCAGCCUAAGGAAGUCUCCCACCGACAUGUGCCCAACAGGGCUCACUAUUUUUGUAGCUGCGGUAGAGAGUCUGUAAUCUGGGAGAUCCCUCCUCCUGCGCUGCUUUGCCGACCUUCCAAAAGGAUCCAGAAGCUAGCAGAGCCCAACAGAUUCAAGACAGGGUAUCUAAUAAAUAGGCCCUUCAGUGAUUACUUGACAAGAGAGUCUCUUCAAAUCUCUGGCCCUUCCCCCCGGAUAUUACGACUCUCAGUAGCCAAAGGCACCAAUCCAAACUAUGUUCCUCCAAAAAGCAUUGAAACCAAGAUUUCGACAUCUGCCCUGAAUGCUGUUGCAACUCCAAGAAUUGUAGACCUUGCCCAACCCAGGAUUAAGAUCGAGGGUCUGUGCUUUGAAAGAGAAAGUAAUGAAAUGCCCAUCCGUCCGGUAUCCCGUGCUGCCCUGCUAGCCAGCGCGAGCCCUCGGACGCUGGCUCUAGCGAGGGCCAGGCCCCCGCAUCGGGAUUACCUACUUCCCCGUGAUGUCCAUUGGCCUGUGUCUCGGGCUGCUCUCCAUUCCAAAAUAUCUCCCAGAAUUCAAGAACUAGCGAAUCCCAAUACAAGGAGUCCUAUGCACAUUAUAUACUACGAUCCAGAAGUCUUUAAGGUCAAGCCAGCUGCCUUGAAAACACAGUGUUCUCCAAGGCUCCAAGAAUUGGCAGAACCUCUCAGGCGUUAA